AUGAAGUCCUCAAUCAUCGCCGUUGCGUCCCUUCUCGCAGUCGCAACAGUCGCUCAACCCCACGGCCACCAGCACCGUCAUCAACAUCAACAUGUGAAGAAAGCAGCGCCUCCAGCACCUCCAGUCGUCGUGGUCACGGAGAUGGUCUCAACCACCACCACUGUUGGCGUUACCACCACCAUCUGGGUGAGCGAAGGUCAAACACCUUCCCCAACACCAACGCCUACACCUUUACCCACACCCAGCCCUGCUCCAUCUUCGUCCCCCGAGCCAGCUGCUCCCUCUGUCGCUCCUCCUGCUCCUCCAGCCGAGCCCAAGCCUGAGCCAACAAAGCAACAAGGAGCACAAUUUUUCGAGCCCGACCCAUCCCCUCCAAGUCCUCCUCCAGCUGCUCCAACCAAGCCGAAUGAUCUCCCUCCAGCUGCGCCAACUACAUCCGCUGCUCCAGUCCCAGAAAACAAGCCCGCUCCUCAACCGGAAGCUCAGGCUCCUCCACCACUUCCAAUCGUCGUUCCAUCCCCAAGCCUUGCUCCUGUUCAACCUCAGGUCGUUGCGGCGCCACCUCCUCCCGCCCCUUCUCCAGAAACCGCUCCGGCUCCAGCACCGGCUCCAGCACCUGCACCAGUUUUAUACGGAGGUUCAUCCGGAGGCGGUUCAUCGAGCGGCGGUUCAUCUGGUGGUAAAACUUCAUAUGGCAAAUGUACCAAGGGUUCACCAUGCACAGGAUCCACCUCUUACUACGAUAUCGACGGUCUUACUGCCUGUGGAACCCAGCCCGAUGGUAAAUCUGAGCCUGUCGUCGCCAUGUCCUCUCUCUUGAUGGGAACUAAAUCCAACGGCAACGAAUAUUGUGACAAGACCAUUACUGUCACUUACAAGGGUGCCACUGUUGUCGCUAGAAUUGUUGACAAAUGCCCAAGUUGUGCAAUUGAAGGUCUUGACCUGUCACACGCUGCCUUCAGAGCCCUGACUCCAGAUUACGAGGUCAUUGGUCGUGACCAGACCUCUUGGUACUUCAACUAG